UGCGUCGGCGACUCACGUGAGGCGAUGGUGGAAGGCUUGGAAUCUGAAUGCGAUCCAUUCCUUCGUUUGGAAUGUGCCUACCAUCAGGAGGAGCAUCUGCUGUCCCAGAAAAGAGAAUCUACAACAUAUGCACAACCUAUAGAGAUAGGGAGUGGACCCUUGAUUGGGUGAGGGGACUACACGAGGCGGGAUGUGGGGCCGAUGUGUUUCUGAAGAACGCCUCGGGUGACGACUGGUUCUGUGUUGGAGGGAUUGUUAAAUCCGAGGAUGAGAGGGUGGACGGGCACGGACGGAAGUUCAGAAGGUUUUUCCUCACAACGGUGUUCAAAGACCAAGGAGUGGAUCAUGGGAAGGCCGACCGUAAAGUCAGCCUUGAUUACAAUCUGUUCAAGGGGUAUGGCGGUAAGGCUAUUACCAUGAAAGCCUUCGAUGUGUCCCCGAAAGAAGACAGGAGUGUGUUGACGAUGCUUGGCCCCGUUAAAUUCCUUGCCAAGACGAACGGCUACAGGAGAUCUGGAAACAGUCCCAUGGUUGAGGCCGGCUAUCGUAUGUCCCCGUCAUUCGUGCCUUUUGACACGCCGGACGAGGAUCUUCUCAGUAUAGCAAUGAGAGAUAGACAAAGGACGCCACAUAGUUUUCCAACGCAGCAGACGUCAGCAAGUGGGGGCUGGCGCCGCAACAAACAGAGCCAGCCGCGUCGUCCACCAGGCGAGGAUGAGCAUGGUCCUCCUGUGGGUUCGUUCCGCCGGAUGGAGUGUGCUGGACCGUCUCAACCGUCCUGCCGGCAAGACCAAGACACCCCUGUCAUCACAUACAAAAGGAAGGCCCUGGCAACUCGUCCCUCUCCGAGUUGCCAGAAGAACGAAGGUGGUGCGUCCAGGAAGGCGGCGCUGCGGAAGAUAAGCGAAGGAUCGGAUGAGGAAACAGAGGACGCUUCUAGGAUGUGUGUUGAUCGACAUCCACAGGGUAAUCAUGCUGUCGACGAUGUCGAAUGUGGUGUCGAAGAGGAUGACGUCGAAGAGGAGAACAGCGACAGGGAGAGAGAGAGAGAGGAUCAUGAGGAAACUAUGCACGACUGCGAGGGUGGGGAGUCCCAACAAUACUAUGAGGAGGACGACGGGGGCGAUCGAGAAAACGAUCAUGCCUAUCCUGUAGGUGGUGACGAUGGACAACAAGAGCAGUCGACUGAUGUGGGGGUCGACGACGCAACAGGAGAGCGGUCGGAGGCCAGUGUCCAGAAAAGGAAGCGACAAUCUUCAACAAGUCCAACGACGCUCAAAGCUUCUCAAGAGGCGGACGCUCAAAGCGUGAAGAAACGAAAAGGGUCCGCGUCAACAAGGGCGACAAAAGCGGAGAAACGCCCCCUGAAAGGAAAGCAGAUGGUGGAUGAGGGUGACUCUAGAGAGGACGCCGAAGGGGUUCCUCCAAGAGAUGUGUCGGAACAGACAAAACCUUCCGCCGACACCCGUGAUGAAGCCAUCAACACAACACAGUGCUUCUUCUUGGAGUUCGAUGAAGAUGGGUUUGCAAAGAAGAAAAGGGAACCCAUUGAAGUGGACGUCACGAAGAUCUUGCCAAUCCCUGAAGGUGACAUCCUCUUCAACCAUAGAACAUUGGACGAAACGUUGGUGCAGCCCAUAUAUGAUGCGAUCCAUCAUGCGGCGAAGGAAACCAACGGGAAGUGGGAUUUCAUGACUUUCAUCCUGGCUCCCAUUGUGCCCAACAGGGACGGGUCUCAAGGCAGACGGAUCACAUCGGAGCAAUUCGACAUCGAACUGGCUCAUACAUACAACUGACACUAUACACCUUCGACAACCUUGAACAAGUACGGCAACAUUGCAGUUCUGUACACUGACAUGAUGGCUAUUGUCCUCCACGCCGAGAACGACAAUUUGGACAAUAUAAUGGUUGUGCCGAAAUUGCGAGUCGAGUUUAUAAAUUUGAACGUUGAAGAGGGUGAAUUUGUGAAGUGCUCAGGGGAGUGUAUCGGCGUGCAGGGCGACACCGACGCGAUUUAUUAUUGGAUGGAACGAGAGCCAGCACGUCUCCGAAAACUGUGCAGCUCGUUCAUCAGGGAGGACGAUGGCGUGAUGCUGUUGGGCAGGGCGCAUGCGAGACUGAUUUGGGAACUCGCUCGCGCCGGACACCACGUGUUUCCGUGUGAAGACACGACAAAAGAGCUCACAUACCUUUCCAAGUUUUUGGAGUUUUAUGUGAAGGAUCCGAGGAACAAAUGCAGGUUCGAAAAGCCCCAAGUCGAGCACCGCAAGGACCGGGACAUUUACUAUAAGCUCGGCAGGAAGAGGGAGAAAGUGUGGGCUUACUUGUUCGGUGACGCUCCACGGUCGGCGGUUGAUAACGACUACGUCAUCAGAAAAAGUGAACUCGAGAUAGCAAUGAACGAGCACCACGGAUCGCACAUGGGUGUUUUCCACAUGUUCGUCGCACGUUGUGAGCAUCUGUAUUUCAAUAUGAAGAAAAAAACACUGUCAUGCAGGGACUAUGUGGACUUGGCACGUAAAGCGGGGAACUUCAAUAACAUCGAUUGUGAGGAAGACACGUCAGACUCCGACCUGGACAUUCCGUCGCGCGCGACACGACGUUCGGCGCAGGGAGCACGUGCCGAGGAGCCGAAAAUGAGCACCAACGCAGAUGAGGAGAAGGCGAGGUCGAGGUGGGGAGCGACACAUACUAGUGAGGGAGACGUGGAACAUAGAAUGAAUGCAAGGGGAGAAAAGAAUGGUGUACCAACGAACCAGGUGGGUGCGAGUGUGGGAAUUGUUAACUCACGGGGCAACACAGGGGGAGGAGAGAAUGGGUGUGAAAUGACCCCGCCGACAGCUGGACCAUCAUCGACACAUGCACCGCAGGCCGAGCAGCGAACGCUCACGUCGAUGGACAUAGAUGAAGAUGAAGACUUGAAUAUGACAGCAGUCAUGCCGAAGCUCGUGCCAGGAAAACCGUUACCUCAAGGCUUUGCUCAAGAUCCUUCAGUGCCAUACUUGCUGCAAGACAAGUACAAGGAGUCAUCGGAGGAGGACUAGGGUCAUCAUAUUCUCUGGCAUGAGGGCGUGUUCGAACCGUGCGUGUUUGCGGGCAAGUGGCAAAUGGUUGUGAAGACAAAAGACCGCGGGUGGGUCGCGAAGGAAAGAAAGGACGCUGCGAUAUGGCACAACGUGACGGAGACGCAACUUUUUCGGCGGGUUGCAUAAGAAAAUGUCGGUGCAACCGAGGUGGCUGUAGCGGCAAAGGCGAAAGCUUUGUUUGAGCAUCUGCGUGCGAACAAACAACUAGAAUUCAG